AUGGUCACGCCCUGUGCUCAGGAGGCACAGGGGAGCCGUAAUCGUCCCUGCGCCUUGCCCGCAGAGUGCCCUGGACAGAGGGAGGCCGGCUCGGCCCGCGCCCCCUCCCUCCCGGGCUGGCCCCUUCCCUUUCCAGCGCCCCGGGCAGCUCCGCCGUCCAAACCGGAGCUGAGUUUGCUGACAGGGGCGCACGGGCUAGCGGCGCUGAUGUCAGAGCCGGCUGACGGCCGUGAUUGGAUCUAA